AUAUGUAUUGGAUAGCGAUAAUAAUUACAAUUUUUCAUGUAAAUUUGUGGAAAGUAGAGUCUUUAUUAUUGAAUCCGAUUAAAUCUGAUAAAUACGAAUGUCAACCGCAUAUGACCUAUAGAUUUGAAGAUAUCAUCUGCACUUGUAACUUUGAAGGAAAAUGGAUGUCUCAUAACUGCAGGGAAACUUUCCAGUACCUUCGACCCGAUGGAGUCACGGCCAAAGAUACUUUAAGAUCAAAUAUGAGUGCUAAAUAUUAUCAAGUCAAACAUAACGAAUUGCCAGAGAUUCAAAAAGGGCAGAGCUGUGUGCCCGGUAAACAAUAUAAAAUGUCCUGCAACACGUGCAGAUGCGGAGACAAUGACACCCUUUUGUGUACCAAAAUGGCUUGUCUGGAGAGGACGAUACUAAAGGGAGUUGGAGAUGUUAGAAAAUAUGAUCGAUUGAAAAUAAAAACGAAAAGAUAUAACAAAUCGAAUAAGAAACCAGAGAAAGAAAUGAUUAAGAAAAAUAAAAACAGUUUACCACAAUUACCCGAAGGCGACUGUGUUCCUGAUCGAGUAAAUGAUGAGGAAAUCGCUCAAAUCGAAACUCGUUCAGCGAUAGAUAUACCACAGUUGCCGCACAUGGGCACUGAAUGUGAGCCCGGAAAAGUAUAUCGCGUGUCGUGUAACCUUUGCUUCUGUUCACAAGGACAUAACCUCCUUUGUACGAUGAAGUAUUGUUUGAAUGUGAACGAUUAUGCGGAAAUCCAUGCCCACAAACUCACAGGGCAGCCAUGUACAGAGGAUUACAAUGAACUUUGCAGUAAAUGUAAAUGUGUAAACAAUCAAAGCGAAUGUAAUGCGAUAGACAGAUGUACUCCGUCCGAAAAACAGACACUGUCUUCGACUCGGGCUAAAAUAAAAUUAACCCUCGAUGUUAAGAAGGAUGCCUGUGAACCUUUAGCGUCUUAUAAAAUCCAUUGUAACGAUUGCUACUGCCAAUCGGACGGCACUUUACGGUGUACUCAGAAAGUCUGUCUAAAUUAUUCGCAGACAAAAAAAUUGCAGGAAAGAGAAACUUAUUUGGAAAAACAUGGUCUUUGAUUUUGUAAUCACAUAUAUUUAAAUAAAUUAAA